GCUCUGGCUCUCUGUCACUAUCUCGACACUCACCAGGACCGCUGGAGUCUUGUGGACAAAGCCGUCCUGGAGAUCGGCGCAGGGACUGGACUUCUGUCCAUCGUCGCGGCGCUCCUCGGAGGCUGGGUCACCGCCACCGACCUUCCAGAGGUCCUGAGCAACACCAGGGCCAACUUGAGCAGGAACACCCGGGGCCGGUGCCGACACACCCCGCAGGUGGCGGCUCUGACCUGGGGCCAGGACCUGGAACACACCUACCCUUCCUCCGUCUACAGGUACGACUACGUUCUGGCUGCUGACGUGGUCUACCACCACGACUUCCUGGACGAGCUCCUGGUCACCAUGAAGCACUUCUGCAGACCGGGAACCACCCUGUUGUGGGCCAACAAGGUCCGAUUCGGGUCCGAUCUGGUUUUCACAGAGAACUUCCACAAGGCCUUCAACACGAGCGUACUGGCUGAAGAUGGGGAGGUGAAGAUCUUCAUGGCGACGAGCAGAGAGGGAAGCAAAGAAACGGACUGAUCCAAAGACUGCAGGAUUUGUUUUGUUUGUUUAUUUAUUUGAAGUCAAAGAGUAGGAUUAAGGAAGUCUUCUGGGACUCUGUGGUGUCACUACCAUCUGCUCGGUUUUACCUUCAGACUAGAUUCAGGCGGUUGUUUCAGGCUUACAUCACUCCUUGAGGGAAUGCACAUCAUUCACUGCUUUUCAAUACCAAACUUUCAGAUUGAGAUAAUCUUGGCUAAAGAGGAUUAGCUUUAGCAGCCACCUUGAAUUGGUACGACUCCAAAACUCAAUCAGCUGUUUUCGUACAUACAGUUGAGCGUUUCAUUCAAAUCCAUUUUGUUUGUGGUACAUUUCGCGAACAGACAGCAGUUGACUCCAGUAGGUAACAGUAACAUUUUGGAACACUGGGCCAGCUCUUUAGCCUCACUAGGGUCCUUUGAGGGGUCAUGGGAGUUCCCUAAUGAGUUCUUGGACUUGGAGAAGGCGUUCAACCGUGUUCCUCGAGGUACACCUAGGGGUGCUAGGGAUUGUGGGUAAUUUGUUGCAGGCCAUUCAGUCCUUUUAUAAUUGGUGCAAGUUUGGCUUGACUUACUGGUGGUAAAGUCGGACCUAAGGAUGCAUUUAUCAGCAUUAAUAUCGGCAUUGGCCGAUAUUGGUAAUUUUUUAGAAUAUCGGUUCGGUAUCUGUCCAAUAUGUAAAACUGGGCCGAUAUUAACGCCUGAUACUGAUUUUUAUCUUUGUGUUUCUGGUUUGGGAGGGGAGAUGGUUGGUUGAGCGGCAUCUGUUUGAUCAUGAUAGGGAUAUCGACGCUGCAUAGCCAUGAAUAAUUGAAGUAGGGAGCCAUGUCAGAGGUCUGGUCGUUUAUUUACGAUAAGACCCAAGUGCGUUUGUGCGUAUUAUGUAUAAUAUAAUUUGUGUGGUUGUGUAGUAUCGGUUAUCGGCCAUAACAGCAAUAAUUAUAUCAGAUAUCGAUAUUGGCUGAAAUUUUUAUAUCGGUGCAUCCCUAGUCGGACCCCUUCAGGGUGAAAGCUGGAUUCUGCCAGGGCUGUCUGUUGCAGACUAUGUGGUUCUGUUGACGUCAUCGCUCCGUGAUCUUCAGCUCUCACUGGAGCGGUUCGCAGCCGAAAGUCCUCAGCUGGAAAAGGGUGGAUUGCUCUCGCAGAGUUUUUGGGGCGAGGUUCUAACUCAAGCUGAGAAUUAAUGGAUGGUUUUGGGUCGACUCAACUACUACCGCACCAAACGUGAGCUUAGCAUUUCUAAAAUUGACUCCGAUGCAGUAAUUUUUUUGUGUUUCAUAUGGAAUUCAUCUUGAAUUAGAUUGACUAAUCCGUUGCAUCCAUUCGUUUGUUACUGGGAAUUCCAUUAAAACAAAACAUGAUCA